UCAUGUAGGUAUUUAUAAUGUUCAACAAGAAACCAUGACAUAUGGAUCUAAACUAAAUAAAUAAUGUAAAUAUCUUCAAAGCAUGCAACGACGUAUCUCAUAUCAAGCUAAGCUAAGCUAAAUAUAAUACUAAUUAUGGAACAACCUCACUCUAGACAUAUCGUUAAAUGUCGCUUUACUUUCUUUCUGCCUUCCUAUACCAACCGGUAUCAAUCAAUGCCCGUCCCGCAGCGGCCGUUCGUCGAUAUCGGCACCGCCUUGGUCGAGGUGGGCGGCGGCGGUGGCGAUGGAUGUUAAAGUCCGGGCGGAGGGUCAAUGUCCGGGUGGACGUCGCAGAUGUGGAACUUCGCGCGGCGCCGGGGCCAGGUCUGUAUAUGUGGGAGCGAUGAUGCAAUGCCAAGAACUCC